AUGUACAAUAACUCUGCCCCAGUGUUCCCUGCUAUUGAGAUCAGUGGAUCUUUAGAUUUGGAGCUAAAAAACCUAUGGACAAGCCUCUGCUCGAGGAAAUCUUUACCUCCCACGGGAGUGGUGUUGGGCUGUUUGGCUCCAUGGAUCGCAUGGCAACUGUGGGUAGCAAGAAAUCAACUCGUAUUCAACAACAGGAUCAUCAAAGUGGAGGAAGUGAUUUCUAAAGCCAUUGCAUCAGCUCGAGAGUGGGGUCACAGUCAAGGAUGUACCACCCAGACUUCAAAGCCGGCGAUCUACAGUCAGUCUGCGUCCACGCCCGGAGUCUACCUUGUCAAGUCAGAUGCAGCAUGGAGUGAAACACAGCAGAGUGCAGGGCUAGGAUGGACAAUUGCGAUAAAUGAUAGAACCUCCUCUUAUUCUAUUCCUGCUCGAAAUGUGGCAUCACCGCUAGCUGCUGAAGGCCUCGCCCUCCGGGAGGCAAUAUUGAAGUGUAAAGAGUUGGGACUGUCGAAGAUCAAGUGUGAGUCUCACUCAGCAAUCCUUGUUAAAGCUCUCAAAUCUGGAUCUUCCCUCGCUGGUUUAUAUGGUAUUUUAGCAGACUUAAAGUCUCUGGCUUCAUCUUUUGAUGUUAUUUCUUUCAACUGGAUCUCACGUGAGAGAAAUACAGUUGCCGACAGCUUAGCAAAACAGAGUCUGAAUGUUGAACUUGCCAUUAUGGCUGCACCUAACUUCGGUUAA